ACCUUAUGAGUUGAUUGUGUAAUGUACUGAGAGACAGACAGGUGUUAACUUGUUCACUGGGAAUAUCAUCACCUUCUCUGUUCAUCCUUUAUUUGAAUAUACUGUUCCUUCAGUGAGACACGGAAGGGCAGAAUACCUCAAGUGCCCAUCUGGUUUUAGAGGUGAACGUUUCAAUUCAACAUACUGUGUUCGUAAAGCAAAUAACUUGAAAGUCAGCGGGCGCUCAAUUAAUCAUGCCCUCCAGCAUUGCCUGAUAUAUCAGUGAAAUGUUUGAAGUUACCUAAUCAAGGUGGUGGCAAUAGUGAUGUGAAGUGGGUAAUUAAAACUACUGGCAAUUUUAGAUUUUCAUUUAGAUUUUAUAUUAGUCAUCAGUCAUAUUUUUAAUGAUCAUGAGCUGAUAAUAUAGAAGCAGUAAUUGUAAAACAAAACAUUUAACCCAAAUGAUAAUUUAUGCAUACACAAUUAGUUCUCAGCAGUAGAGUACUGAUAUAGCCGAUACUGGUUGAGCUCUGAAAUACAUACUGCAAAAACAUGUGUCAUCCACAGUCAGUAAGCUAAGGUAGAAUGGUGUAAUUCUAUUUAAUAAUAGCAGACUCGUUUCUGAAAUCGUUUGGUUUUUCCAGUUAUUUUCCUUUAUUCCCUGCCUUCAUCUCAGAGGACAGGCCAACCAAAGCAAAGCCCCUGGAUUCCUGAGCAAACCACUAUGCGCCUUGGCCCUGGUAGCGAGGGUUUUAAAUGUUAUUGUAACUGACAUCAUGUGACUACAAAGAGAACAGAAACUGUUGAGAGGACAAUGGAGAGACGAAGAGACCCCUAAAAUGCUAUACUGCACUGUAGUCAAUUGUAUGUGGAGUGGAUGUAUUUGAAGUGGGUAGAUAUUGGUGUUUUACUCUUGUCUGUGAUGAAGCUGUCAGACACUUACUGUGUAUACAAUAUGUGGCAUGCAGGUGGAUUCUAAGACCGAGUAUGAUGAUAAUGAAGAUGACGAUGACGAUGAUGAUGGAGACGUGGUAUUCCUCACAGUGGUGAUAGUCUCAGCCACCAUCGUUGUCUCUGUGUGAGGUAGCAAUAAGUCUGGGGACGAGGUUACAAUAUGACCAUGAUGACCAUUAUGCUAAUGCUGAUGGAAACCAUAUUGGAAACGACUGUGACCACGAUGAUGAUGAUGAUGAUGAUGAUGAUGAUGAUGAUGAUGAUGAUGAUGAUGAUGAUGAUGAUGAUGAUGAUGAUACUGGACAGGUUUUACAGGUUGUAGACCAGCUGCAGUCAGUCUGGUGUCAGCUCUGCCUCAGCCAGUAGCACAGUGAGCGGCAGGCCAGCCACUAACAGAGCAGCCAUUCCCUGGGUCUUGAUGACUUCCAGAUGACAGCCCAGACAGCCUGGCCAGAGAGAACUCAGCACUCAGUCACAGUCAGAGAGAGGGGGGAGGCAGAGAUAGGGAAGGGGAGGAGAGAGAGAAACAGAGAAACAGACAGGGUGGUGGAGAGGAAAGGAUGAAGCAGUUGCAUAUGAAGUGGUUUAGCAGUGCUCCAGUCAGCGUUCUUACCUAAUUCUCCUGAUGGUUGUUUGUACACAGCUCUCUCCAGCUGGGGCCUGGCUGGCUGCUUUGAUUGGCUGGUGACUGACUCACAUUCGGAUCCCAGGAAGACAGACAGACGGCAGGCAGUGUCAGUGUAUGUGUGCUGGGCCGAGAGUCAGCAUGAUGCAUCGGUGGGGUCUACUCAUCACUGUGUUCUACUGCCAGCUGUAUCUGGCUGCUGCUCAACACUGGAGGAAAGCCCUUUACCCAUCAGCUUUUACGGUGAAGCGUGGCACACACUCAUUGGUCAACCCCACCUUCCAGAACACUGUGGAAGAUGUUAACCUGCUGUUUGAGAUCCUGCUGGCAGGCCUGCAGAUCGAGGGUGAGGACAAGCCCUUCGUGAUCCCAGACAAGGAGCUGGCGUCUCUGAGGAGGGUCCAAAAGUUGGAGGUUAUCUGUGAGGAUGUCCUGCCCAAGAGACUCUCCGAGAUCAGACGUCUGACCUCCCACAUGUCCCAGCGCAGAGGUGCCCUAAGCAGGGAGGACUUUGAGCGCACAGUGCUCACUAUGGUGUACACUGCCCAGACUCUGGCUCAUACCACCUCCCAACACCAGAAGGCGCUGUGGGGAGACGCCCUGCUGCAGCUGUUCAGGGCCAUACAAGAAGAUCUGACGCCUCCACCCAGGACACCUCAGCACAACUAGUGUUAUGGACAUGUGGACACAUUCUUUUAGAUACUGUAAUCUGUAAUAUACUGAUCAUUUUAUAUUGUAACACAAGUCACUUUUUGGCAGAAAAAUGAAAGGAUGUUUUCUAUUGAGUUGUAUUGUAUAAUCAAAAUGACUGUUCUGAUAAUGUAAUGUGUUUGGUUAUGAUCAAAUGAUAUGAUCUAAUCAUAUUGAAAGGAGGAUGUGGGAAAAGGAGGGAUGUGAACAAUAUCCUGUUCAUGUUCUAUCUACCGGAUUCCACCUUGUUCCAGGACUUCAGAUGUAAACAAACAUUUUGAAUAUUUCAUCAGUCACUCUGUCAUGAUUCAUUACAGGUCUUUAUCAAAUCUUCUGUCAUAAUCUUCUCAGUUGUUUAUCACAAUCACAUAAUCUUUUCCAAGCACAGUCCUGUUGGGACAAGGAGCUUCAUGAAAAAAUAGUUCCAUGAGGUGCAGAAAUAUUGUAUUGAACUGUAACAUUGCUUUGGUGAAGACAGGGGUAUCAAUUUGCUCAGCUUAUUUCUCUGCAAUUGAUAUUAUAAUAAAAUAAUGAUCAAUAUACAUAUUUUUUUAACUGUAACAUGGUUAUGGCCAUGUUAUGAACCAAGCUAAACAUUGAAGAAGACUGUUCAGCUGAAAAGUAUGUGUAUGCUAUCCUGA